AUAAUAUAAAAAAAAUAGUCACGCGUUUGUUUGUGCGUGUUUGGCCUCGUGGAGCGGUCACGUGUGCGCGGCUCGGUCUCCUCGGCGCCUCGCGCAGGGGGCAGUUGCCUAAUCGCCACUUUUGCGCAGCGAUCGACCCGAAACUUCGCAUCCCAAACACGAGGGUGAAGAGGUGAAAAGGUGACGGGGGUGAAGGGCUUAUCUGCUGGAGGAAAACGCCCCGCCUCGGUGCACUUUUAUCGGGCGGAGACAGACCGGCACCUCGCGCUGCAAAAAAAAAAAAAAAAAAACAAACAGAGAAGACCGCGGCUUUUGUCUCAAUAAAGCUUCAUUUUUUUUUUUUUGGAAAGGUUCGUGUCUGUUCCUCGGUGAGAUGUUCGGAGCUGUGGUGGUGGGUCUGGGCGUGGCCGGGUCCGUCCGAAUCAGGGACAUGUUGGCUCCUUUACCGGGCAGCGCCGCCGAAAAACUCACCGUCAAAGGCUUCGUCUCCAGGCGGAGUAUGGGCGCGCAGGAGGGCGUGGAGCAGCUGUCGAUGUCGGAGGCCCUGAACAGAGACGACGUCAGCGCGGCGUUCGUCUGCACCGAGAACGAGUCGCACGAGGAGGCGGUCAGACAGUUUCUGGAGGCGGGGAAGCACGUGUGUGUGGAGUAUCCCAUGACCCUGAGCUACAAGGCGGCUGUGGAGCUCUGGGACUUGGCCGAAGAAAAAGGAGUGAUCUUACAUGAGGAGCACAUCGAGUUGUUCACGGCGGAUUUCAAAUGGCUGAAGGAGAAAGUUGAGGGACAGAAGCUGCAGGAGGGAGUUCUGCAUUUCACCGGUGGUAGUUUGAAGCCGAGGUUUGGUUUCCUGGCGUUCAGCGGGAUCGCGCGGCUCACGUGGCUCGUGGAGCUGUUUGGAGAACUGAGCGUCCACCGAGCGACGCUGGAGGAAGAUCAGAGCAACAACUACAGCAAGAUGACGGCCCACCUGCUGACCGCCGACAACAGACCUCUGACCUGGAUCGAGGAGCGAGGACCGGGGCUUCCCAGAGCCAAGAAAAUAAACUUCAAAUUCGAGUCGUUCGCGCUGACGGAGCUGUCCCCUCCGGCCAGCAGGGGCGCCGUGGGGCUCUUCAUGCAGGACUUGGUGUUGUUCGGGGCCAAGUUGACGGGGCAGGUGUCGGCCGAGGAGCUGCAGACGGAGAAGAGGAGAGUCCAGCACUGCCUGAACCUCGCACAGACAAUACAAGACCUGUGCCAAAAAUAAACACAGUCUGCUGGAGUUUAGGGGUUUGGGUUUAUUUUGACUGAACCAGGACUAAAACAGGACUAAAACGGGAUUAAAUCAAGACUGGAGCAGCACUGAGCCAGGUCUAAACCAGGCCUAAACUAGAACUGAACCAGGACUAACCAAGACUAAACCUGGACAAAACCAUAACUAAACAAGGACUGAAACAGGACUAAAUCAGGACUAAACUAGGACUGAACCAGGAUUAAACCAAGACUAAAACAGGACUGGACCAGGACAAAACCAGGACUACCCCAAGACGACAACAAGACCAAACCAGACCUACGUAAGAACAAAACCAGGACUAAAUAGGACUGAAAUAGGACUAAACUAGGACUAAACCAGGACUAAGCCAGUGCUAAACCAGGACUUGACCAAGACUGGACGAGGACUUCCCCAAGGCGAACCAGGACUAAAUUAGGACUGAAAAAGGACUAAACCAGGACUAAACCAACAGUUACUCUGGACUAAACCAGGACUACCCCAAGACGAAAACAAGACUAAACCAGAACUACGUAAGAACUAAACCAGGACUAAAUAGGACUGAAUCAGGACUAAACUAGGGCUAAACCAAGACUGAACCAAGACUGAACCAAGACUGACCCAAGACUGAACCAGGACUUAACCAGGACUUAACCAAGACUAAAACAGGACUGGAUCAGGACUAAACCAAGACUAAAACAGGAUUAAAUCAAGACUGAACCAGGACUAAACAAGAACUAAACUAAGACUAAACCAACAGUAAUUCUGGACUAAGCCGGGACUAAACCAGGAUUGGACCAGGACAAAACCCAUAACAAAACCAGGACUACACCAAGACUAAACCAGACCAAAGUAAGAACUAAACCAGGACUAAACCCGAGCAUUAACAAGAACUAACCAUGCGCUUGCGAGUCUAAAUAAAUCGCGACUAAACCAGGACUGUCCAUUUGAAGCCCGUUGUCAUGGAGACGAGGUGUUCGGUCGGUUGAUGGUCUCAACAAAACGACAACACGACAAAACAAGACAAAACGACAACACACGGCUCCUGACGUUUGGACUGAAGGAAAAACAAGGGCUGAUCCGAACAGUGAAGGAAAAGGAACUAAAUACUAAAAAAGUUCCUGGGACUCAUAGUCAAGACUCUGGAAUCAUCGAUCUCUACUGAACUAAAGGUAAAAUGUAGCUGAAAACUACCACUUCAUGACAUCACCAGGUGGAACAGAGCGUUUUGAGCUUUGGAAAUGCAAACGGACUAAUGAUAAAGAUUUACUCAAACAUGUGAAUGAAACAAAACACAACUCCAGGAUCCGUGUGUCAUUCGUUCAUUCGUUUUUCAAAAUAAAAUCAAAAAUAAGAAAACGAAAAAACAAAAAAGAAAACUGUUUUCUUCAUUAUUUGUCUCCAAAACCAAAAUUAAAAAAAAAAAAAAAACAGUUAAUGAUUUUUUUUUUUUUUUUUUUCGAUUUUGUGUUUAAAUGAAAAAUGGAAAAAACGGAUUUACGUGACUUAAACUGCGACUCCGGACUAAACCAGGACUAAACCAGGACUGAACCAGGACUGAACCAGGACUA